CACCCAAAUACUGACGAUCCUCAGCUUCAGUCGCUCAACAAAGAUCAUUUUAGCCUGAUCUCGGCGUGGCUGAAGAGAGCUGAAAACCUCAGCUGAAAUCUCAGCUGAACUCCUCCCCCAUCUAUAAAUUGCCCUUGCUCCCCCUCCAUCCACAUUUUCCAUCCACAAAAAUAUACCAAACCUCCAGAAAUACCAAGCCCAUAUUUUCAAGAUGCCUGUCGAAACAGUCCAAGACCCCGGACAGGUCUUCGAAGCCAUCGACUCCGGCAACAAAACCAUCGUUCACUACUGGGCUCCUUGGAUGGGACCGGAAUCGCCAUUUAUGCCCAUUUUCUGGGAGGCAAAUGAGGACCGUGGAGAAGAGAUUAACUUUUUGGUUGUCGACUCUGGUUUUGUUCACCCGCAGCAUAGCCCGGAUGAAAUGCCCUUGACGGUCCUUUAUAACGGAGGCGAGGAGGUGGAUACUGCUCCGCUCGAUCCGGAUGAGAUUCAAGGGCUUAUCGAAAGGGCAUAGAGGAAUUGGGAUGACAGUGCAUGAGACACAUGAUUGUUGUAUUUAAUUUAUGUCAAACAAAGUGUGAAUUCAAGCAUAGAUAUAUAAGCUUAACCAUUACCAUAGUGGCCAACAUGGGAUUUGAUAGGCCAGUCUACAGCAUACAUUUCUUGCCUUUCUGC